UAUUGUUCGAAACAGUUUCACUCUCAACCUAACUAUAAUGAAAUUAAUGGGGAUUUAUCCCUUGGAAAAUCAUUCCCGACUUUAUAAAGUGUUUGGUUAUGCCUUGUAUAUUUUUUCCAUCAUUCCUGGAUCGGUGCUUGGAUUUCUCCAACUUUUUUUCAAAGGCGACAUCACAGGAGUUGGCUACAAGGAUUUAUCGUCAGUCGUUGUCAUUUUUCUAUCUCCCAAACUAUGUUCCAUGGUGUUUGCCGCAGAUAAUGUUAAAAAGUGCAUUGAUUACUUGGACGAAGGCUACUUUACUAUAAAAAAUCAAAACCAGGAACAAAUCGUAACUGAAUGUGUGCAAAUUUGCCGAAGAAAUUCUGUAAUUUUUUUGGGAGGAUGCACCGUUUCUUUUAUAACUUGGAGUGGUACAUUAUUGUAUCGUGACGAUAUUAAGCAAUUACCAUUAAUUGCUUGGCUGCCCUUUAACUCGCAAGAUUAUUCUUUGCUUCACUAUGUGCUGUACUGUAGCCACGGUUUCGGAGUGGCUUAUGUGGCAUUUGCUGCAGGAACAGUUGAUCCACUGAUUCCAGGAUUAAUCUGCCACGCUUCUGGACAAGUUCAGAUUUUAAAAGACAAUUUGCAACACCUGGAUGACUACAUCGACAGAAGCGACUUAGUCUACGAGAAGAUUAAAGAAUGCAUUGACCAUUACGGAGCAAUCAUAAACUUUGUUUUCAAAUACGAAAGAAGUUUUUCAGUUGUUAUACUUUGUCAGUUGCUAGAAAGUGCUAUUGUGAUUGGGAUCUGUUGCCUCCAAAUUAGUAAAUUAGAAGCUUACGAUAUUAAUUUAAUAAUAAUGGGAAAUUAUUUGGUCUUCUUGUUAAUUCAAGUUUAUUUCUAUUGCUACUAUGGCACAGCACUUGUCGAAGAAAAUAAUUCUCUCAUUAACGCAAUUUAUAUGAACAGAUGGUAUGAAUAUAAGAAAGAAUCACAAAAAGCUCUUAUUAUUUUAAUGGAAUGCUCAAAAAAACCUCUACUAAUUACAGCAGGAAGAGUUGUUGAUUUAUCUUUGGAGACAUUCACUCUAGUAAGCCAGCGAUUUAAGUAUAGUUUGGGACUAAAAUUGUUGGUUUCAGAUACUAAAAAGAUCAUAUUCGUUAUUGGCAGUAUUGAAGAAUUAUUGAAGGUGUUAUUAUAUUAUAAUAGUUAUUACUAUUCAGAUGUAGGACUAAAAAACAUGAGACAUAAGGAAAAAUAUCAGAAAUAAAGCCACAAUACUAUUUACUUGUAUGUUUAAGUUUGUUUUAAGUACCUAAAUAAA